ACCGGAUUAAAACUGAGCGCAAAACCAGAACUGUGGAGAAAUUGAAAUACGAACGUUGAAGACAGAAAAUCAAAGGGGAUAAUGGCAGAAGAAGCGAUACUAGGGUUUCUGCUGAACAACGAGCAAAUCACGGAUUCGGGUCAAUUUUCUGCCGAGCACAACCUUGACCACAAUGAAGUCGUCAAUGUCAUCAAAAGCCUCCAUGGUUUUCGUUACAUCGAUGUUCAGGACCUUAAAAGGGAGACAUGGGUUUUGACUGAUGAAGGGAAGAAGUAUGCAGCACAAGGAUCACCAGAGGCACAACUUUUCUUAGCUGUGCCAGAAGAAGGUAGCAUAUCAAAAGACGAGCUCCAGAAAAAGCUAGCUCCUUCCCUCUUCAAGAUCGGCUGUUCACAAGCUGGAAAAAACAAGUGGGUGGAAAUGGGAAAGCAAGUCUCGAGGAAGGUCCAACAUAUAGAAGAUACAGUGAAAGAGCUGCUUUUAAAAAUUCAAGAAGGAAAGGUGAUUGACAAAGACGGUAUCAAUUCUCUCAAAGCCAGAAAACUCAUAGCACCACAGACAUGGAAGGGAUAUUCCGUAACGAAAGGCCCUAAUUAUGCUCCUGAGAGAAAGAAAGUGGCCACUGAUUUGACUCGAGAAAAUCUACAAAACUGGAAAGAGUUAGAAUUUAAAGAGUAUAACUUCAAUGCUAAAGGAGCGCCUCUUGAGGCUGGACAUCUUCACCCCCUUCUCAAGGUGCGGAAGCAGUUUAAAGACAUAUUUGUUCAGAUGGGGUUUGAGGAGAUGCCAACAAACAACUUUGUGGAGAGCAGCUUCUGGAAUUUCGAUGCAUUGUUCCAGCCUCAACAGCACCCUGCUCGUGAUUCUCACGACACCUUCUUUCUCAAAGCUCCUUCUACUACAAGGACACUGCCGGAAGAUUAUGUUGAGAGGGUGAAACGUGUUCAUGAGUCUGGUGGAUAUGGAUCUAGAGGGUAUAAUUAUGAUUGGAAAAGAGAAGAAGCCAACAAGAAUCUUCUCCGUACUCACACAACGGCAGUCUCUUCUAGGAUGCUUUAUGCACUAGCACAGAAACCUUUUGUGCCCAAGAAGUACUUUUCAAUUGACCGUGUCUUCAGAAACGAGGCUGUUGAUCGGACCCACCUGGCAGAGUUCCAUCAAAUUGAAGGUUUGAUAUGUGAUCGGGGCCUUACACUCGGAAACCUGAUUGGUGUAUUGAAUGACUUCUUCUCACGCUUAGGGAUGUCAAAACUGCGGUUCAAGCCAGCUUACAACCCUUACACAGAGCCAAGCAUGGAGAUUUUCAGUUACCAUGAAGGUUUAGGGAAGUGGGUGGAGAUUGGAAACUCUGGAAUGUUCAGACCCGAAAUGCUUUUACCGAUGGGUCUCCCUGAGGAUGUUCGAGUCAUCGCUUGGGGUCUUUCUCUUGAAAGACCAACAAUGAUAUUGUACGGUAUCGACAACAUCCGAGACUUGUUCGGACACAAGGUGGAUCUUGAUCUCAUUAAACGGAAUCCCAUCUGCCGAAUUGGAAUCUGAGUGAUAUUUUUGAUUUGUCUUGUUGAUUCACGACGCUCUUUUAUUUGCUAUUACUCCUGUAACUGGACUUUACCAUUUCAUAACGACUCGAUUUCGUGCUGCAACUGCAAUCUCACUUUUCAUAGAAACCAAAACUGGUCGGAUUUUGAAUUUUGAUCAUCCAAGAUUCGAAAGAUUAUAAAUUUGUGGGAAUUUAUCAACAAGGGAAACAAAUCAUAACCACAAAAAAAUAUUUAAAAAUUAAAAGAAAUUAAAAAAGAUAAUAACAAAAUCAUGAUCGUGUGGUUGUUGGUCUGGGUUUUUGCUAUACAUCUUUCGUACUUCGUCGGCUCGACGCGCCACGGCUACUUCCCCUCGUCGACGAUCCCGUCACGCCGCCGGGCCUCGCUAAACCCUCCGCCUGAGACAGAAGGCUACUCGUUCCCGCCGCGACUGGAUCAGACAAGCUCUGUCUCCAACUACCGAAAACUCUUCCGCUACUCGACGAUCCCCUCGAAGACCCCGUCGUACGGAAUCUCUCCGAUUCGCUGCUGUCUUCCCUCACCACCCUCAGAGGGUUCUCCAGUGCUUGGACUAUGUGUCUCAUAAGCGGCCUUCUCGUGGGUUUAGGGUUUAGACAAGAUCUGGCGACGAUUGCCAUCGCCCAGACUUCUUCCAAGAGGUCUUCGUCGACGAGAAGAGAUUGGUCUAGAAUGUUGGUCACUGGUUCUUUCUCCUGUGAUGAAAUGUGGGGCAUAAUCUCUGCUAGCAUUUUUUUGAACUGGGUUUCUUCGCAUGAGCUGAUUCCCAGUUUUCCUGUGAUUAGCUCCAGUAGUAUCUUGCCGAAGCAGUAGACAUCGUAUGCACAUGUUGCUGUUGCUGGAGAGCCUGCAAAUUUUAGGGGAAGAAGUUUUUGAUUGUUGUUAGUACAUAGAGAAUUUUGGGGGAUUUGUAUCAUCGAUUCAAAUUCUUGAUAUUUUGGAGGUAAAACGCACCAGGAACACUUUCUUGAGAAGAAGAAGACCUGAAGAGGGAGAACACAAAAUCAAAAGGCAGAGGAAGCUUGUUGUUAGAUGUUUUAUCGAAUUUUGGCUUAACUUAUUCAACUCUGUGUGUCUGAACUGGAGACACUUACUGGGAUAAUCUGAGCAGUCUGGCAAUUUUCCGGGGACGGCCACUGUUUUCUUGAUGACAAGCUCUGCUAAAGCUUCCGAGCCUAACUUCAAACUUAUCAUCCAGGAGAAUGCUGCUUGCUUGAACAUCCCUGUGGACGAUAGAUGGUGAACAGUCGUGGUGCAGAUAAGCAAGCCCCUCUGCUGCUCCCAGUGCGAUUUUCAACCUUGUGAUCCAGUCGAGAGAUUUCAAUCCGUCGUCAACAAGGGAAUUGGAUUUGUAGAACAAGGAGCUUGGUAAAUCCAUGUUCGGCAUGUACUUAUACACCAAGAACUUAUGGCUUGCGCUCUCUAAGCAUUUCCCUACAAACGGGACUAUUCUCGGAUGAGCAAACCGGCUGAAGAAAUCCAACUCGGUUCGAAUCACGGAACUCCUUCGUGGCGUUGAGCAGCUGUUGAUACGUAAACGACGUUCCAAGACUCGCAAAGUUUAUAGAGACUCCUCCAGCUACACCUCUUCCCGAGGGAAGUGUUUCAUCAGGAGGCAAUGGGCCAACGCCGUUGUGUCUCCCUCUACGAUGAUGAGUACUACUAGUUGUUGAUGAUCUGUUUCUUCUACGGACACAGAAACUCACUGUUAUUGGUAACAAUAUGAGAAUGAGCAUGACCAAUAUAGAUCCUCCAACUGCAGCAAUUAUAACUAUAGUCCUGUGGCUUAACCAGAACGAGGUGCAAUCGGACAAUUCUCGCUGGUUCGUUGGCCCCUGGAGACAAUUGUUGCUCAAGGAAGCAUUGGUGGGCACAAAGUCUGGAACUUUACCUUCAAAAUAGUUUCUUGACAGAUCAACAACUCGAAACCUUUUCAGUAAAAGUGUGAGGUUGCCGUAGAACAUGUUCCCGGAUAUGUUUAGCAACGAGACAGUAGGAUCAGAACUGCCAGUGGUGGUAUUAGGCAGCGAGUCGGAGAAUUGGUUUCCAGAAAGAUCAAGAAUCUUCAGGUCUGGUAACGACCAUAACCUGGGAGGUAAGGCGCCGAUGAAACCACUGCCUCUGAAGUCAACGAUCUGUAGUUUGCUCAGGAAACCAAACAGGUCAGGAGGUAGGGAUCCUGAGAGGCGAUUUCCCGCAAGUACAAGUGUCUGCAAGUUCCUUAGCCCUUUCAAAUCUGUUGGAGCCGAACCAGACAGGUCGUUGAAGCUGAGAUCAAGGUCAACUAAAGCAGAAAGGUCACCGAGUGAUUGGGGUAUGGAAGAGGACAAGCGGUUACGCGAAAGAUUCAGACGUUGGAGGUUUGAGAUUGCCCCGAUACUAGCGGGAAUCAAACCUUGCACCAAGUUUGAGGAAAGAUCAAGAACUGAUAGGUUCUGAAGAGAUGUAAGAGACAGAGGAAUACUACCACUGAUUGAAUUCUUGGAAAGAUCAAAAACCGUGAGGCGUGAUAACCCACUCAAAUUUGCAGGGAGGCUUCCUGUGAUUGAACAAGAGCUAAGGUCCAACACCUGCAAAGUCAACAGACCUGAUCCGAGCCAAACCGGGAUUGGACCUGGAAGAGAGAACCUCGAGGCGUUGAAGGAAACUAAACGGGUGAGGUUGAGGAGCGAAUCGACUGAGAAUUGCGGGUUUUGAUUCCCAAUCCUUGUUCUUCUGAACCCUGAGAUGUUUAUGUGAAUGACACUACCGUUCCCAUCACAUGUUACGCCGUUCCAGUUCAGACAAGGGUCGCCUUUUACAGGCCAAUCUCUGCCUCUUAGCCCCAGAGAAGACCUUAGUACCAAAAGCGCUGAUUUCUCGACCGGAGAAGUUGUCUGCUGCUCGAACGUUGACUCUAACAACAAGAGGAUGAAGACGAGCAAGAUUGUCUUCUUCUGAUCCACCAUGAUGGUUUCUGUGAACUCUGAUGAUAAAAUCCAGAUGCCCUUUAAAACCGUUGAUUCCCCAGAUUCAUUUGGAAAUAAACUUUGCGUUUUAUGGAAACACCCAUCACUCGAAAUGAAAUCUUUUCUUUUUUUUGUUUUUGUUUUCCUUCGAUUCGAUCAAAAAAAGGAAACUUUCUUUUUGUGACUUUCUAUAAAAUUCGUCAAACAAGAUAAAAAAGGUUUUGUUCUCUGUACGACUUGCGACUUUCUGGCAAUUAAUUUUCUGCGCACUUCAGAAUCAAAACCAUUGUUGGUUACCAAUCAUUUUCUGCUCUCUCUAACUCUUCC